UUCAAUUUUAGGGUCGCAUAGUCAAACAAUAUCCAGCCAAAAUACGCCUCACUGCUCUGCAAUGCUUCUUUAGCUGCAUGCAAUCUACUCUUUGGGCCAUUGCAGCAGCAAGAAAUUCAUCAGCCUGGAGGCUUGGCUGGGAUGUUCAUCUUCUCUCUGUAGCGUAUUGCGGUGUAAUUGUCACUGGCAUCACAUACUGGUUGCAAGUCUGGACUAUAGAGAAGAAAGGUCCAGUUUUCACAGCAAUUUUCACUCCACUAGCUCUUGUAAUAACAGCCAUCUUUUCUGCAUUCCUGUGGAAGGAAACCCUUCACUGGGGAAGUAUUGGUGGGGUUGUCCUGCUGGUGGGAGGUCUUUAUAGUGUGCUGUGGGGGAAGAACAGAGAAGAUGGGAAAGGGGUAACAAAUGAACAACAUCCGGAUACUAAAGAAGAAAUUGUUCUCGAGUGCAUUACACAUCACUGACUGUUGGGACUGUAAUAUAUGGCAACUGGCUUUUGCCCUUUGAUGAUGAUAUUUUCCACAAUGAAAAUCCUCAGGAAGAUAACACCGUCCUAGAUUCAUCAAACAUAUCUCUUACUUUCUCUUCUGCGUCUUUCCAACUCCAAACCUAUAAUUGUAAGGUUUUCACAAUCUCUUCAAUGUAUGAAAUGCUCAUUCUUUUGAGCAGAGAUGAUUGAUACUAGUAAGAAAAUGUUCAGAGUUUUGACUCCACUCAGCAUUGAUGAGCUCAGGCCAUCUUAUUAUUAAUUGUACUAUCACCCCAAUUGAGGGAUAGCAGCUAGAACAACAAUGUUGCAUCAUUAAUAUGACUUUAGAACA